GCUCUCCCCUGGCCACCGCGAAACCUUAUCCUCAAAACCACCCGGAUAAACCCUAGCGCUCCGGCGAUGUCGGCGACGGCGGCGGCCAUCCGCUCCGGCGAGCUCCUCGCGUGCCCCGUCGCGCUGCGGCGGGCUCCCCUGGCGGUGUUGGUGCGGGUGCGGGGCGCGCCGGCCGCGAGGGUGGCCGUGGCGUUGGUGCGGGCGGAGGCGACGGCCGAGGGGGUCGGUAAGGCCAAGGGGGCGGGGGCGGGGAAGAAGAGGCCGGCGAGCGGGAUCACGAGGCCGAAGCCGAUCUCGCCCGAGCUGCGGGAGUUCGUCGGCGGCGCGGCGGAGCUGCCCCGGACCGAGGCCAUCAAGCUCGUCUGGGCGCACAUCAAGGGCAACAACCUGCAGGAUCCAAAUAACAAGAAGAUAAUAAUCUGUGAUGACAAAUUGAAGAAGAUAUUUGGAGGUCGUGAUCGUGUUGGGUUCCUUGAAAUCUCUGGGCUGCUUAACCCCCACUUCCCGAAAUGACAGGAUUUUUGUAGAUCACACUGUUUUGUUUUGUACUAGCUGUGGCUGUUGUAUGGGUCCAUUUAGAUAAACCUGGUUUAAAGGGUCUCUUAAUGCUGGCUUAAGAAAGGCAAAUGUGUUCCCUGACGGCGCAUGGUCAUCUAAUAUUUGCCAUUAAUGGUGUGCUAGCUCUUCCUUA